AAGGGGAAACAGAUUGAGUCUGAUUUUCAUUGGAUGGCUCACCUCUUGGAGGGGGUGAGAAGAUGAGCCCAGAAAGGUGUGAUAAGGAACCAGUAUGCAGAGAAUGAAAGGAAGAAAUGUUCAAAGUAUGGAAAACAAUUUACAAAAGUUCUGAGGGGGGCGCCCGGGUGGCUCAGUGGGUUACAGCCUCUCCCUUCAGCUCAGGUCAUGAUCCCAGGGUACUGGGAUUGAGCCGCACAUCAGGCUCUCUGCUCAGCAGGGAGCCUGCUUCCUCCUCUCUCUGUGCCUGCCUCUCUGCCUACUUGUGAUCUCUGUCUGGCAAAUAAAUAAAUAAUAUCUUUUAAAAAAAAAAAAAAGGCUUUGAGUAAGUAUAAAGCCAGGAAAGGAAAAAAGGCUAAUGUGGGGGCGCCUGGGUGGCUCAGUGGGUUAAGCCGCUGCCUUCGGCUCAGGUCAUGAUCUCAGGGUCCUGGGAUCGAGUCCCAUAUCGGGCUCUCUGCUCAGCAGGGGAGCCUGCUUCCUCUUCUCCUCUCUCUGCCUGCCUCUCUGCCUACUUGUGAUCUCUCUCUCUGCCAAAUAAAUAAAUAAAUAAAUAAUCUUAAAAAAAAAAAAAAGGCUAAUGUGGCUGCAGCACAAUGAAUAAGAGGGGAAAGUAGCAAGAGAUGAGGUUAAAGGGGUAGGCUGGAGCCUUUGAGCAGGGUCAUAAAGGGGUUUGAAUGCAAUUUUAUUCUGAGUGCAGUAGAAGUCAUUGAAAGAUUUUAAGCAUGGAGGGGCACCUGGGUGGCUCAGUGGGUUAAAGCCUCUACUUUCAGCUCAGGUCAUGAUCCCAGGGUCCUGGGAUCAAGCCCCGCAUUGGGCUCUCUGCUCAGCAGGGAGCCUGCUUUCCUUCCUCUCUCUCUGCCUGCCUCUCUGCCUACUAGUGAUCUCUGUCUGUCAAAUAAAUUUAAAAAUAUAUAUAUUUUAAGCAUGGAAUGCCAAUCCUCUUUGAUUUUAAAGAUUUUAUUUUAUUUGACAGAGACAGUAAGAGAGGGAACACAAGCAGCAUGAGAGGGAAAGGGAACAACAGACUCCCCGUGGAGCAGGGAACCUGAUGUGGGGCUCAGUCCCAGGACUCUGGGAUCACUGCCGGAGUGGAAGGCAAAUGCUUAAUGACUGAGGCACCCAGGGCUCCCCCCUUUUUUAUUUUAAAAGUUCACUUCCACUGCUGUGUAGAGAAUUAAUUGGGUGAUGGUAGAGUGAAGAUGGCUGGUUGGAGGAUUAUUGCAGUAACCCAGGUGAGAGAUGAUGGUAUAUUCAAAGAGUGUGGUGGUGAUGGAGAUGGAGAGAAGUAAACAGAUUAAGAUAUAAUUUUGGAAGUGAAAUCAGAAAGACUUAAUGAUGAAUUAGAAGGGAAUAAGGGGGUAAGGAGGAAUCAGGGAUUUUCAGGUUUUCUGGUUGAGCAAUUGGGUGGAGAGUGGUACCAGUUACUGAGAUGAAGAAAACUGGAGGAAGAACAGAUUUGGCGAGAGGAGAUGGUGGAAUAGAGAAAUCUGUUUUAGACAGACUAAUUUAGGUAUCAUUGCUAUAUCCAAAUAGAAAUGUUUGAUUAACAACAUAUAUAAGAACUUGGAGCUCAGAAGAGAAAUUUGUGUUGGUGGUACAAAUUUGGGGGGCAUCAGCAUAUGGAUGAUAUAUAAAGCCAAGGGAGUAGAUGAGGUCACUGAGAUAUUAUCUGAUCUGAUAAUUAUCAUCACCAUUGGGCUUGUGGCAGCCACUAUGUUUGGAUAUCUUUUGGGGGUAAAUGCAUUAGAUUUCCGUAAUUGGGUAAGUGAACUGUCCUUGCAGAGCUACAGAUCAUUAUGUGUGUGUUACCCCUUAUUUUCCCGAAAUCCCCAUUCCAUGGUGGGGAGAGAGAAACAAGAUUUCAUGUCUGCAGGUACUCCUUGAAUCUGACCCUUAAGUUUGCAGGUUUCUAUUUUCAGUGGACUGAGGGCCAUGUCAGUUUUCUACCCCACACAGGACUGACCAUGAAGCUAAAGGAACUUGAACGGCCAGCUGUCCAAGCGUGGAGCCCAGCCAGCCAGUACCCUGUGUAUCUGGCCACAGGAACAUCUGCCCAGCAGCUAGAUGCCUCCUUUAGCACAAAUGGCACAUUGGAAAUCUUUGAGGUUGAUUUCAGGGACCCCUCUUUGGACUUGAAACACAAGGGAGUCCUUUCUGCCUCAAGCAGGUUUUACAAGCUGAUCUGGGGGAGCUUUGGCAGUGGGCUUCCAGAAGGCUCCGGGAUCAUUGCAGGCGGCGGGGACAAUGGCCUGCUUACUCUAUACAAUGUGACCCACAUCCUGUCUUCGGGGAAGGAACCUGUGAUUGCUCAGAGACAGAAGCACACGGGACCUGUCAGAGCCCUUGACUUUAAUCCUUUCCAGGCCAACCUCCUGGCCUCGGGGGCCAGUGAUUCUGAAAUCUUUAUUUGGGAUUUGAAUAACCUCAAUGUGCCAAUGACCCCAGGAUCCAAGUCACAGCAGCCUCCAGAAGACAUCAAGGCACUCGCUUGGAACCGGCAGGUUCAACACAUUCUGUCUUCUGCUCACCCCAGCGGCAAGGUGGUUGUGUGGGAUCUCAGGAAGAAUGAACCUAUCAUCAAAGUCAGCGAUCACAGCAACAGGAUGCACAGCUCAGGCCUGGCCUGGCACCCAGACAUAGCCACCCAGUUGGUGCUGUGUUCAGAAGAUGAUCGUUUCCCGGUGAUUCAGCUAUGGGAUUUGCGCUUUGCCUCCUCGCCCCUGAAGGUGCUGGAGAGCCACAGCAGGGGGAUCUUAUCCAUGUCGUGGAGCCAGGCUGAUGCUGAGCUUCUGCUCAGUAGUGCCAAGGACAACCAGAUCUUGUGCUGGAACCUGGGGAGCAGUGAGGUAGUAUAUAAGCUACCCACACAGAGCAGCUGGUGCUUUGAUGUGCAGUGGUGCCCCCGGGACCCUCCAGUGUUCUCUGCUGCCUCCUUCGACGGCUGGAUCAGUUUGUACUCCGUGAUGGGUAGGAGCUGGGAGGUCCAGCAGAUGAGACAGGCUGACAAGAUCUCUUCUUCUUUCAGCAAAGGCCAGCCUCUCCCACCAUUGCAGGUACCAGAGCAAGUGGCCCAAGCAUCGUUGAUACCUCCUCUAAAGAAACCCCCCAAAUGGAUGAGAAGGCCAGCAGGUGUUUCAUUUGCUUUUGGGGGGAAGCUGGUUACCUUUGCCCUCCCCAGCACUCCUGCCCACCAGGUGCCACAGCCUUGCCUCCGCCUAGUCUUCGUCAGUCAAGUCAUCAUAGAAUCUGAAUUCCUGAGGCGGUCAGCUGAGCUGCGGGAGGCCCUGGAAUCAGGAAAUCUCCUGAAUUAUUGUCAGGACAAGAUGGAACAAACAUCGCUGCAAAGCGAAAAGAUGCUCUGGCAAUUCCUGAAGGUGACCUUAGAGGAAGACUCCAGAAUGAAAUUUCUAAAACUAUUAGGAUACAGUAAAGAUGAGCUUCAGAAGAAGGUGGCCACGUGUUGGAAGAGUGACGUGGGGCUGGGUGAGAGCCCUCAGUCCAAGGGGGACGAUCUCCACAGUAACAGACAGCAGGUCUUCUGCAGCCAGACCUCCAAACACCUCACAGAGGAAGCCUCUGCCUCCUCAUCCUUCUUUGAUGAGCUGGUCCCUCAGAAUAUGACUCCAUUGGAGAUCCCCAUCACAGAAGACACGGAUGGACUCCUGAGCCAGGCUCUCCUGCUUGGAGCACUGCGCCCUGCUGUGGAACUGUGUCUGAAGGAAGAGCGCUUUGCUGAUGCCAUCAUCCUGGCCCAGGCUGGAGGCGCAGAUCUGCUAAGGCGAACACAGGAGUGCUACUGGGCCAAGAAGAAAACCAGAAUCUCUUCGCUGAUAGCCUGUGUUGUGCGGAAGAAUUGGGAGGAUAUGGUGCACACCUGUAACCUGCAGAACUGGAAGGAGGCACUGGCCUUACUACUGACAUACUCCGGGCCAGAAAAAUUCCCUGAGCUCUGUGACAUGCUGGGUACCCGCAUGGAGCAGGAGGGUGGCGGAGCACUAAUUUCCGAAGCCAGACUCUGUUAUGUGUGCUCAGGGAGUGUGGAGCUGCUGGUGGAGUGUUGGGCAAAGUGCCACCAGGCUUCGUACCCCCUGGCUCUGCAGGACCUGAUGGAGAAGGUGAUGGUCCUUAAUAGGAGCUUGGAGCUACUGCGGGGUCCUGACAGGGUGAGCUCAGGCCCUGCCACAACCUUCAGGGUCACUCAGUAUGCCAGCCUCCUGGCAGCCCAGGGCAGCCUGGCCACUGCCAUGAGCUAUCUACCCAGGGACUGUACUCAGGCACCAGUUCAGCAGCUGAGAGAUCGACUUUUUCACGCUCAGGGUUCUGGUGUCUUGGGCCAACAGUGUCCUCCUUUCCCCUUCGCUCGGGUUGUGGUGGGAGCUACCCCCCACUCUAAAGCAACAUCCUCUUACAGAUUGGGAUUCCAGCCUUCUCACCAGGUUCCAACUCCAUCUCCAAGGCCAAGGAUUUUCACACCUCAGUCAUCACUAGUGACACCCUUGAUAUCUUCCCAUCCUGGCCCUUAUCAAAGCUCCCAAACACAGAAUAUCAGUGCCUACAGGGCACCUGAGCUCCAGGCAGCCCAGCCUUUGCCCUUGGCCCCUAGUGUAAGGCCUGCUUUUUUUGAGCCACCUCUAUUAAGUGGGCAAAAAGCCCAAAUUUCUAACCCCUUGGGGUUCCCUGGAGCAUGGCCUCUUCCUGGUCCACCUCCACCUGUGGUAUCCUCAGACGCCAUACAGCCUAGCUCUACCUCUCUGGCUGAGACGACUCGACUGUUCCCUCCACUUCCCGUGAGACUCCCAGGUGUCAGUCCUGCAAGCUUCGGGUCCCUAGCCCCUCCUGUCAACUUCUCUACGACACACCCUCCAGGAGGGCCAGGUGCUGCCUGCUCUAGUGCCCUCCCGAUCACUGGCCCCUCGACUGCUCACCCAGGACCUCAAGACUCCUUGAAAAAUGCCCCAAUGCCCAGGGCAAACCUCCAGAGGAAAAAGUUGUCAGAGAGAUUUAUGCCCCCAGCACCUAUCACUGCUCCAGUGAUGAGCCUCACCCCUGAGCCACGAGGGGUCCUUUCCUCACAGCCUUCUGUCCUUGGGAUGGGCCAUGCUCCCCCAGGAGCUCCAGGAGAAUUCAGCCUGCAGCAACUUCAGCAGCGGCCCCCUGAGAAGGUGGAAAGGAAAGAGCUGCCUCCAGAGCAUCAGUCCUUGAAGACCAGCUUUGAGAAGCUUCUACAACGCUGUUCCCUGUCUGCCACUGAUUUAAAGACAAAACGGAAGCUGGAAAAGGCAGCCCAACGUCUAGAAUGCCUAUAUGAUAAGCUCUGCCAGGGCACAUCUGCGGAUUGCCUCUAUGGGAGCCAACAUAAAUAUUUCUCCUCCAGGAAUGCGGGUUAAUUAAAAGGAAAUGAAUGAGUGGAAGCAUCCAAUCCAGACCCACAAUAGGCGGGUGCCCUGGCCUGCCCUCCCCUCCCACCACCGCCAGCACCACCAGGGCUGAGCACGACCCUGGCUCUGUCUUUGCCCUAACCUGCUGCUAAGGCCAGUUGAAGCUGGGAUUCUUUUCAAGAAAAGAAAGCCCUGCCUGUGUGUAGGCCCACAGGCCAGCAACAGGAAGGAGAGUGUCUUGCGCCCCCCCUUCCCCCCACGCCGUGUCCUUGUCACUUCUCAGGAUCUCCCUCUGCUUCUCUCUGGUGGAGACGCAUGGGCCUUAAAGGGUAUGCAAGAGGAAGGAAAGGAGGGUUCCAGGAUGUACCCCACAGUAACUUACUAGUUGGCUGAACAAGACAGACCUCUUUUUCAGCAUCGGUUUUAAUCUAUAAAACAAAAGGUUUGACUGGUUGACCUCCAAGGUGUCCUACCAAGCAGCUGUUCUGGACUCAUCCAUGUUUUGCAAAGGGGAGCACAACCCUGGUGAUUGAGCGUAAGAGAGAACUUAAACUCCAUGAACGCAAGGAGGUCUCUGUGUUGUUUGUUCACCACUGUAUUUGUUCACCCGUGGUUUGCUGACUGACCAGAGGAAUGCGUGGAUAAUGCAAGAGAGGAAAGAAAGCAAUACAGAUCUGCGUUAGCUCAAUAAUGUUUUCUUUAUAGAACUCAGAUGAAUCUGCUUAUCAAUCAUAUCCAUUUGGCAAUACAAAACAACAACCUAUGAAAGAACUUUCCGGCAGCAAUGAUGGGUUUCAAGUACCGGCCUGGGAUUAUCAAAUAUGAAGCACAAUAAUUGUCCUGCUUUCAUGCUGAGAGACUUGGAGAAUGCAGUUUUCCCUUACAGCCCCGUUCCUUUAUAUUUUCUAGCGGCCUUGCCAGAUUUUCUUAUGGUACACUAUCAAGUAAUUCUGCCAAGUAGGACAGCCAGGUUAGCAUAUGCUGCUACUUGAUUAGGGAAGAAGGACAAGUUGGGAGAUUCACGAGGCCCAGAUCAAAGCUGAGGGAAGGAGCAAAAAAAGGCUUUUGCUGAUAGAGCUGGAAAUGAAGCCUUAGGAGAUCCUGAAGGGAAGUGUGUCCCCCAUGGGGAAGGGCAGGCAGCCUCUCCCCUCAGUAAGUGUUAGUUGACCAGAGGAUGUACAGGGAUGAGGCUAGGGGUUUGGAGUCUGACCUGGCCACUGUCCCAGUUUGGAAUAGACAAGGAGCCUUUCCACUCUCCUGGGUUGGCCUCGAAAGCCUUAGCCCAUUACCUACUUGGAGCCACAUCUCUGUGCCCUUUCCUACUCUGGGAGGUAGGAUGAGGUGGGCUGGCAUCUGACCAGUUCUAAAGAGCUGUCCCGUGUCCAGACCCAUGACCAGCUUAGGAGGAGGGAGACGGCUGGGAAGCUCCGUGGGCUACAGAGAAUCUGUCAGGGAUUGACUCUUCCCUUUCCAGAGCCCUCUUUCAGAAGCAAGUUCCUGCUGUACUGCUUUUCUCUCAAGCAGCGAGCUCACAAGCAGUGAGCUCUUAGCUUCUGAGUGAAUGUACUGAGGGAAGGUUUGUGUGAAUGAUUCACUAAUUGUUGGCAGGCUAGCCUCAGUCAGCCCAGCGUUAACUACGUAGGCCAUCGAGAAAGUGAGGCUUGAGGGAGGAUAGUGUUCUAGCAACGCGGGGAAGGAAGAGAGGGCCUAGAAGUUCUGUCUUCCACCCACCCUCCCCAAUGUCCCCAAGAAUAAGUUCAAUACCUAGACAAGAAGGCACAUAUCACAGGGACUUCAAUAAAUUAAAGUUCAAGGUGCUGAGCUUCCAACUGGAAAGUUUCAUCACAGAAAGUUUACCUAUUGAAGGCAAAUAUCCAAUGCCCUGAAUCCUGCCUAUUUGAGAUCCAGGUUUGCGAAAAGGAAAGGUCCCAGCUUCUCCUUCCUCAUGACCUGCUUUUAGAGGUACAGAGUGGGGUCUGAAUGGGAAAUGUUCUUUAUUUCAUUCAGUCUUGGCUCAGAGAAACAAGGAUCCUU